UAAGAACUUCUCAAAACAGAUGAUUGUCAAAAGAAAGAAAAAACGGGGAAGAUUUUUUUUUGGAAAAAUUGAAUAGGAAAAAAUAUUUUGUAUAUUAAAUUAUAGUUGGUGAUGUCAAUUAAAUAAGUUAUGCAUCCGAUUGUAAAUGAACCUGGUUUUCAGGCUGCAACAGCUGCAGCAGCCGCCGCUGCUGCCUCCACCGGCAAUAUCCAUUUAGCUUCUGCAACUGAUUCAGUAGAUUCUGAAACAUCCGAAGCUGGUCAGUAUCCAAUGGAAGAUUGUGGUUUUAUGGAUCCUGAAGUGCAGCGAAUAAUGCGUUCAAAUAAUGAGGACGCCAGCGAGUAUCCCAAGUACGAUUGGGUGGAUAUAACGCAAGGUUUCAAAUCAGCCUGCAGUGAAUUAAAUUUGGGUGAAUUAGCCCAAGAUAUGUUAUUUGGUUUGUUCGAAGCCAUGUCGGCCAUUGAAAUGAUGGAUCCAAAAAUGGAUGUUGGCAUGGGUUAUAACAAAAAUGAUGCUACCCCACAUACGUUUGAAUCGGCGGUGGAAGCGGGUGUUUUAAAGCUAAAUGGUCUAACAAAUGAGGAACUUAUUGGUAUCUUCGAUGCUUUAUUUACUUGUAUUGUGUCCUGGCUGGAGGGAAACUCAAUAGAUCAGGUGUUAUUUACCUGUUUCUAUUUGCAUGCUCCCGCCAAAAUAGAGGAUAAGUCAUUGAAAGCUUUCUGCCAUGCCGUAAGGCAUUUAAUUAUACAUAUUAAGAACAUCAUUAUUUCGAGCAGUGUCAAUGAAGAGGAAGAUUUUCAACUGUAUGGAAAUUCUUCACUUUUGGCUCCGGAGGAUUCGUGCCAGGCCGCAUUGAUACCUUCAAUGCUUAAAGAUGCUGAAGAUGAAUUGGUGAGACAGAGCAAGAUGGCCUCACAACCUGAGGAUAUUAUGGCGGUAGUAUAUCGUCUGCGUUUUAUGCGUCAUUUUUACCAAGCUAUUUAUAGUUUGGACUGCGCCAUGGUCAACAGCAUCGACGAAGUGGUAAUCAAUGAAAUUUAUAAACAUUUAAAUACUUCUUUGGAAUUGACGCCUCAGAUAAAGAAAACUAUUGACAAGGGAACGCAGCCCCAAGAAGGCACUGACUCUCCCAAUCCCAUUGGAUUUUCACCGCGUAUUCACGAUCGCAGUCAACCACCUACAUUUCCGCGUAGCGUUAAAAUGCGAGAUCGACCUUCCAGUUUGAUGUUUCUGGAGGAAUUGGUGCAACGUCUAAAAUAUGCCUGCAAAGUUAUACGUAUGCGAGACUAUUAUUCAGCUCUGAAUUUUUUUAUAGAAUUUAGUCGUAAAUCUGGACAAUGUAUAUUAUCGCGCAGUGUUCUCCAGGGUCUUUUCAUAUCAAGUCGUCGCUUAAUAUUUGGCACAAUACCUGUUAAAGAUUUCCUGUGGGACUCUGUCAGAGCUUUCAAUUCACCACCGAUUUUGAAUCCCAAAAAUCCUGUUUCUAUGGAUCGUGAUAUACAAUUGAAUUUGGACUCAUUCUUUCGGUAUUGCAUCAGCACAUUUACACAAUUUUUGCGUAUUUGUGGCUUUAAUCGUGCACGACAACGUGACAAGUUGGGUAGGUUUAUUGAGAGUUUCGACAGCAUACAAGUCGAAGCAGCACGCUUGGACUCCCAUCUCAGCAUGCUGGCAAAUGAAAAAGCUGUCGAAGGAAACGAACCUGCCGCCACAGCCCUCAAAUUUAGUACUCAGUUUGCUACAUGGGUACUAUACAACUGUUUCAGAGCUCAGAUGCUGUAUUUAAUGUCAGGCUUUGAAUUGGAGUUGUACUCGGUGCAUGAAUUUCUUUACAUUUACUGGUAUCCCUAUGAACUGCUUAUAGGGUUCAUUGUUUCGGCCUUGACAAGGACUGAGAAAAAUCUACUGGCCCAAGAGGAAUACGAAAAGGAACAGCUGAGCAAAUUGCAUGCCAAAAAUCGCAAUAAGCCCAAGCCAAAAAAGAACAAAAAACAACAACAAAAAUCCUAUCGCCAGGAAAUUUUCUACUAUCACGCACUAAUGAAUAUGUGUGGUGGUUUCUAUAAGGCCAUGUGCGCUUUGACAAAGGAUGGUCGAAUACGCCAACCCAUGCCCAAGUUUGACAACGAAGAAAUUCGUUUCAAUCGCCGUUUUGCACCAUUUGCUAAUUUGACUUCACCACCACCAGUAUCUUAUGAAGAGUUCAAGAGUAUAAGGGAACACAUGAUGAGCCCGCCAUCGUCGGAAAUUUAUGAUUUGGCAGCCAAACACUUUGAUCAGGCCCGAAACGCUUUAGAAUCUAUACAAAAUCCUGAGCAAGAGAUUCUAGACAUGAUACAGGUUGCGAAAAUCAAUUAUGUCGUCAUGAAUGUAUUGGCCAAAGGGCAUCAGAAGGAUACAAAACGUCAACCUGAAUUUGAUUUCUCUAGACAUCGUCAUUUUCCCAUAAUAAAAUUAAAUUAGAUCAUGUUAAACUUUUUAUUAGUUUAUAUGUAAUAAAAAACACAUUUAAAGGAAGAAA